AUGUGGAAGAGAGUGUUAAGAGAAGCUACAGUGAGGCAACCAUGGAACGCGGUAGCAAGUAAGAGAUGUUUAUCAUCAUCACAACCAGGCAUGUCCGCCGCUGUGAACACUAUGUUGCUUCGGUCUCUUAAAGAACACUAUCUUGAAGUCUCCAAAAUGAAACCUCCUCCGAAAGUGAGCCCUCCAUCUGCCUUUUCAAUAAUAAAAGGUGCUUUGGAUGGGAAUGGUCCAGUUCUGACUCGCACCUACGGGAAUGAGGAAAUUAAACUCUCUGUAAUGCGGAUGGCUUAUAUUAUACCUAGUGGUGAGGAGGAUGGUGAAAAUGACGAGGACAUGAAUCAGUUGUUCCUUCAUGUGAAUGUUUCGAAGCCUGGACAAGAUAAAUGUCUGCAUUUUCUAUGCGGACUUUAUCCGGAUGCGUUGGGAAUUCACUCUGUUUCUUUGAGGUCGAAGCUUGACAGUGCUGAGUUUAUUGAGGAGACAACUGCAUAUAAUGGCCCACAUUUUGCGGAACUUAAUGAAAGGACAAGAGAUGCAUUCCACGGUUUUAUUGAAGAACGAGGUGUGGAUGAGAGUCUGUUUAAUUUUCUUCAAGCCUGGCUCUAUGUGAAGGAGCACCGGAGUAUUAUGCGAUGGUUUAAAACCGUGGGCGCAUACAUCAACGAAAAUAAGGCAGCUAAAAAAUCUUAA